GGGUUUGCCCAAAGCAACUCUCUCAUAAAUUCUCUGUUAUAAUUAGUUUCUUCUCUCCCUACAGGAUCCUGUUAAACGUAUCUGUCCUACUUUAUUUUCCCUCUCUCAUUCACCAUUACUGUCACUAUUAUUAUAACCUUUUUUCCGGGUUGCUCUUCCUGUUUUCCCGUUUGCCUGAUCCAUCGAGAAAAGAAAUAAUAAUCUAAACAGCGUAGCUGAGUUUGUUUGUUUUUCGCUGAGCGGAGACUGCUUUCGUAUUGCUGUUACUACCACCGUAGAUCAGUCAUAGAAAUUCACAGCGACGCACGCACAAAAUGUUUAAUCUAUACAACCAUCAGGAUAAGUCGACGUGGCUAAACACCGUGGAGCGCCCCAAUGCCCCGCUGCAGCCCAUCGUUGACCCCUCUAUCUUAGCCGCCGACUUCUGCAAGCUGGGCGAGGAGGUGGAGAGCGUGGUUUCGCCUGCCGGGGGAGCAGUGGAAUGGAUCCAUGUGGAUGUGAUGGAUGGACACAUGGUGCCCAACAUCAGCAUCGGCUUCGGCGUCGUCUCCGCACUGCGUGCCCGCUUCCCGAAUGUGUUUCUGGACGUGCACUGCAUGGUCAGCGAUCCCGAAAAAUGGGUGCCGGAGAUGGCGAAGGCCGGCGCGUCGUCGUACGUGUUCCACAUCGAGGCCACCGACAGCAGCAAGCGAGUGUGCCAGCUCAUCCGCUCCCACGGGAUGCAGGUGGGAGUGGCGGUGAAGCCGGCCACUUCCCUCACGCCGGAGCUGCGGGAGUUGAUUGAACACCACUACGUCGACAUGGUUCUCGUCAUGACGGUGGAACCAGGGUUCGGUGGGCAGUCGUUUCGCAAGGAGCGCCUCAGCUUCAUCGCGGAGCUGCGCCGCAACUUUCCGCAUUUGAACAUCGGCGUCGACGGCGGUGUGGCGAACGGCACCGCAGAGCUGUCAGCCAACGCCGGUGCGAACAUUCUCAUUGCCGGCACGUCCGUCUUCAAGGCCAAAAACCGCAAGGAGGCGGUGGACGAGCUGCGCAACGCCGUCAAGACGGCCCUUGCUUCCCCCGCCAAGUACUAA